ACCCAUCUUGCAUGCAAUCCACCACAACUCAUUGUUUCUUGCAUCAGCGAGUAAGAGAAAGUGUGUGCACGUGAGUGAGUGAGUGAGAGAGAGAGAGAGAGAGAGAGAGAGAGAGAGAUGAGAAACCUUGGUGCGUUGCUUCUUGUACUAAUUAUAGUGCAUGCAAGUAGUGCACGUAAGGUGCCAAGUGGUGGAGACCAAGAUGAACAAACGAUGGCUGUGCAUGCAAGUGCACCAGCACCACAUGCAGGUGUUGGUGACAAGAAGCACUUCAUUGUCGGCGGAGUGGGUGGGUUUGGUGGCAUUGGGUGGAUCGGGAAGUUCGGUGGAAUCGGUGGUGGCUUUGGCAAGUUUGGCCACUUUGGUGGAGUGGCUGGUGGAAUUGGGGGAGGGAUUGGAAAGUUUGGUGGGAUCGGAGGAGGGAUUGGAAAGGUUGGCGGAAUUGGUGGUGCUGNNGGCGGCGGAGGCGGCGGAGUUGGCGGUGUUGGGGGUUUAGGAGGUGCCGCUGGUGGAAUUGGAGGUGCUGGUGGUGCCGGAGGCAUUGGAGGCUUAGGUGGUGGUGUCGGAGGCUUAGGUGGUGCCGGUGGUGGUGUUGGAGGCAUAGGUGGUGCCGGUGGUGGCGUUGGAGGCUUAGGUGGUGCCGGUGGUGGGGUUGGUGGCGCUGGUGGAGGGGUUGGAGGUUUGGGUGGUGCAGGUGGUGUUGGAGGCUUAGGUGGUGGGGGAGGAGGUUUAGGUGGUGGAGCUGCCGGUGGAGCUGGUGGCGGCAUCGGCGGUUUGGGUUGUGGUAGUGGUAUCUUUCACCAUUGUCCUUAGUUACGUGUAUCAUCAUUUUGGUUCUUUGCAUGCAUGUUUGUCCUUGGUUACGUCAUGAUUUGUAGGGUUGGGUUUUGCUAAUAUUGUUGCACCACGUUAUUACCUUUUUAUUAGGUUCACGUUGAAGUCUUUUGGAUUUUCAUUUUUCAUUUGCAUCAUGUUAUAUGAUGUUCUAGUUUCAGCGUCAAGUUGUAUGUUUUCCUGCUUUCUGAUUAAUUUAAACGUUUGAAGUUUUUUUUCUGGCCAAUGGAGGUGCUCCCCAGUCCCCAAUGCUGAAUACCAUCAUCGUUU